CCCCGCCCCGCCCCUUCUCGCCUCUGAGCGCCCGGCUCGGCCGCCCCGGGUCGCCGGCCCCUCUCCACGUCCGCCCCGGCCACUCCCUCGCGCGGUGCGGCACCGCGGGUGAUGCUCGGGCUCCCACCUCCCCGGGGAGCUGCGCAUUUCCGCGUGUUGCGCCUGGGCGGCAGCAGCCGGCGAUCCGCGUCCCCGGGAAGUUGUCUCCGGAGCCCGCGGCGUCUCGGUCUCCUCCCCCUGCGCCCCGCCCCCCCGCCCAGAGCUGGGCUCCCCCAGCCGCCGGGCCCGGGGGCGUCGCCGCUCGUUCUCCGGAGCCAGCGAGUCUCCGCUUCCCCGCGCCGAGCCCGCGCCCCCAACCCGCCGGGAGACCCCCGCGCACCCCCGAGACGGCGCGCGCCCAGAGCGCGGGAGCCCAGAGCGCCGGGCGCCUGGGUCCCCGCGCAGCCGCUGCCCAGCCCGCGGGGCUCGGCAGGGAUGCAGGCUGCUCUGUGAGCCCGGGCGCCAAGGCCAUGUCCGGCGCCCGCUGCCGGACCCUGUACCCCUUCUCGGGGGAGCGGCAUGGCCAGGGGCUGCGCUUCGCCGCUGGCGAGCUCAUCACGCUGCUGCAGGUCCCGGACGGCGGCUGGUGGGAAGGCGAGAAGGAGGACGGGCUCCGCGGAUGGUUCCCGGCGAGCUACGUGCAGUUGCUGGAGAAACCUGGGAUGGUCCCCCCUCCGCCAGGAGAGGAAAGCCAGACUGUCAUUCUUCCACCUGGCUGGCAAAGCUACUUGUCUCCCCAGGGCCGCCGUUACUAUGUCAACACGACCACCAAUGAGACCACCUGGGAGCGUCCCAGCAGUUCUCCGGGGAUUUCAGCCAGCCCUGGCCCUCACAGGAGCUCUCUGCCUCCAGCAGUGAAUGGAUACCACGCGUCAGGAACCCCAGCGCACCCUCCAGAAACUGCCCACAUGAGUGUCCGAAAGCCCACCGUUGACUCCCAGAACCUGGGACCCUCGUCACCAGGCAGAAAGCAGAACAAGGAGAGCACCAUCACGAUAAACUGUGUGACAUUCCCUCACCCAGACACCAUGCCAGAGCAGCAACUGCUGAAACCCACCGAGUGGAGCUACUGUGACUAUUUCUGGGCUGAUAAGAAGGACCCCCAAGGCAAUGGCAAUGUGGCUGGGUUUGAACUGCUGCUUCAGAAGCAACUGAAAGGCAAACAGAUGCAAAAGGAAAUGUCAGAAUUCAUCCGGGAGAGGAUAAAGAUUGAAGAGGAAUAUGCCAAGAACUUAGCAAAGCUCUCACAGAAUUCUUUGGCUGCCCAGGAGGAAGGCUCCCUGGGAGAAGCAUGGGCACAAGUAAAGAAGAGCCUUGCGGACGAGGCGGAAGUUCACCUCAAGUUCUCUGCCAAGCUCCACAGUGAGGUGGAAAAACCCUUAAUGAACUUCCGGGAGAACUUCAAGAAAGACUUGAAAAAGUGUGACCACCACAUCGCUGACCUCCGAAAGCAGCUGGCCAGCCGAUAUGCCUCAGUGGAGAAGGCCCGGAAAGCUCUCACGGAGCGGCAGAGAGACCUGGAGAUGAAGACCCAGCAGCUAGAGAUCAAAUUGAGCAAUAAGACGGAGGAGGACAUCAAGAAGGCUCGGAGGAAGUCCACACAGGCUGGAGAUGACCUCAUGCGUUGUGUGGACCUCUACAACCAGGCCCAGUCCAAGUGGUUUGAGGAGAUGGUGACCACCACUUUGGAGCUGGAGCGACUGGAGGUGGAGAGGGUGGAGAUGAUCCGGCAGCAUCUCUGCCAGUACACACAGCUGCGGCACGAGACCGACAUGUUCAACCAAAGCACAGUGGAGCCUGUGGACCAACUGCUUCGGAAAGUGGACCCCACCAAAGACAGAGAGCUGUGGGUCAGAGAGCAUAAGACGGGCAACAUCCGUCCAGUGGACAUGGAGAUCUAAUCAAGCACGUGUGACUUCAGGGGUCCUGCCAAGGAGAGGGGCGGGGGACCCAUGGACAAGUGGUUGUGGCAGUGGCUCCUGCCAUAGGACCUGCUGUUAAGUGGAACUGUCCUCCCACCCAUUUUCCUGGUCCACUGAGAAGAGAGGAGAGUGUGGGCCACAGUCAGCAGCCCCAGAAGGGCACCCUGGACAGCCCUGCUGGGAGCUCCCCAGUGUCCCCAGGCCAAGAAGAACCAUAGCCCUGCCCUUUCAAAGCCCCCAGUUCCUGUGCUGUGCUUGUCACUGCGGCUGGAAUUCAGUGGCCUCAGCUGAGCACCAUAGGGGUCUCUUCACCCCCUUCAGAAUUAGCUGUGUCACAUGCUUGUGUCUUUGGAAGCUCCAAGGGCCUGCCUCCAGUUAGUUUCCAUUGUCUCUAGGAGAGGGAGAUCUCUGUCUCCAGCUCAAGUAUUGGGAAUCAGAUGUGUGGCUAGAAGACACCAUUCAGCUCAUCAGCCCAGAAUCCUUUGCAGCCAUUCUCUUUCAUUUUUUUCCCCCCGUUGCAUUCUGGGAGCCCACAUCCUGGCUCUUCUCGGCCACUUUUUGUCAUCACUGAGGGUCUUGGGAAGAAAAUUUGACUCCUGUCUCCCCAAGCUGACCCUGCAUGGAGAGGCUAGGAUGGAACUACCUCAUUCAGCAAAUUCACCCUGAGUUGGAGCAUUGAAUCGUGUUUCAGAUUCUAUCAGGCAUCUUCUGUCACUUCUCUCUGGAAACCCCAGCCCUCAGGUGCUUCCUUGGGGAAGCUCCUUUCUCUGCCCCUGUCCCUUUCCAUGCUGUCAGUGAGGCUGGGUCAGUUCCCUGCAGGAAAUCAGUUGGGACAAGCCCUUGUCACCCCCACCCCCACCCCACCCCUUUGGCUCCAUCUGCUUACAGAUGGCGACUCUGAACUGUCAUCCCUCACUGGCAAGCUCUGUACCUGCUUUGCUCUCUCAUGGCCACAGUGCUUUUCACCUUGCUGGCAAUGUUCCACCACCUUGGUCUCUCAACAACUUCUGCACAUGUCAGAGUCCUGUGCUGAAUCCCGUGUAGGACUAGAAUCCUCUUGGCCUGCGUUUGUGAAUUGGGAAGCUUGCAGUGCCGCUGCUGGGGCUUCGCUUACCGCUUUUUUUCCCUUCCUCUCCCACAACAAGCAUGUUCUCUACCUUGUUGGUCUUGAGAAUCAGCUCUAUGGAACCAGAAAGAGAAAAGGGAUAUAAACAGGUAGCCAUCAGGCAGCAAGAUGCAGAGUACUAGUCUAGAUCACAUGCCCUGAGAAGCCAUCUUUGCUAAUCUGUCCUGUUCAAUGAAUACUUUAGAUUUACAAGACCCUUACUUCUCCCGGGAGGACAGCAUUCGAAGAGCACAAUUCUAAUUCUCACCAGACUUCCCCCUCAGUCUUACACGUGAGUGUAAGAUGAUGUUAAUCUCCAAUCUUUUGACACUCCCUUCACUGACUCAGAAUUUCUCUCCUGUACUUAAUAGUAAUAAGAUGCCAGUGGGCAGGGGAGACAGCAUAAUGGUUACACAAAGGCUCUCAUGCCUGGAGUUGCAAAGUCCCAGAUUUAGUCUCCUGCACUACCAUAAGCCAAAGCUGAGCAGUACCUUGGAAGAAAAAUAAAUAAAUCAGAAGAAGAUGCCAGAUAUCUUAAAGCAAACCAACCACUGUCACUUUUCUUAUUGGAGCAUCACCCAAGAGGUCAUGGACUAGAAGGUCAUGAGAGGUCUCUGUCUCUCUGAGACUGGGAGACACUGCUUUCAGACCUGGGAUUAAGCCAUGGCACCAGCUACCACUUGGAAGCUAUUGUAAAAAAAAAAAUUAAUUUUCUUUAUUCCC